CUUGCCUUGGCUGGGUCCUCCUCCUCCCUUGGCCCUCCUCCCUCCUUGCCCUCCAUCCCGGCCUGUGCCCAUCAGCGGGGCAUUUAAAUGGCAUCGGGGCUCCCUGCUGCUGGCACUUGGCUGGCACUUCUGUCCCUGGGUCCAGCAUGAAGGCCAUCCCGGCGCCGGGCAUCCGCUUCAUCCGCUCCUUCUCCCGGGAGAGCUGGUAUCGGGGACUGAUUCUUGUGUUGACAUUCCUGUGCUAUGCCACAUUCCAUCUCUCACGGAAGCCCAUAAGUAUUGUAAAGAGUGAACUACAUUACAAUUGUUCUUCACGGGGAGCCAAUCCGAACAAUGGUUCCAAUAGCACAACGUGGUGCGACUGGAAGCCUUUUGAUCAGGCCAACUAUAAGGAGCUGUUUGGAGCACUGGAUAAUGCUUUCCUGGUUGCCUAUGCCAUAGGAAUGUAUAUCAGUGGAAUUUUUGGUGAGCGUCUUCCAUUGCGCUACUAUCUCUCUGGAGGCAUGUUGCUGAGUGGGCUGUUUACAUGCUUAUUUGGUUUGGGCUACUACUGGAAUAUCCAUCAACUUUGGUACUUUGUGCUUGUGCAGAUCUUCAAUGGCUUGGUGCAGACCACUGGUUGGCCAUCCGUGGUGGCAUGUGUUGGCAACUGGUUUGGAAAGGGGAAACGAGGCUUCAUUAUGGGCAUCUGGAACUCACACACAUCCGUCGGAAACAUCUUGGGGUCCUUGAUUGCUGGCACUUGGGUUUCCAGCGCAUGGGGAUUGUCCUUUAUAGUGCCUGGGAUCAUCAUAGCCACCAUGGGCAUCAUCUGCUUCUUAUUCCUCAUUGAAUAUCCGGAAGAUGUUGACUGCAGUCCACCUCUUCAUCAUGUUUCCAGUUCAGAUGAGAAAGGCCUGGAGGCAGGACAUUCCAUCAGUGAUGCAAGCCUCAACAUCUCUGCCCAAAGUAGAGAAAACAUCAUCGAUGUGUCAGAAAAUGUCAAAGAACUGCCAGAGGAUCGGGAGGCCAUCAGUUUCAUAGGUGCUCUCAGAAUACCAGGAGUGGUGGAAUUCUCUUUCUGCCUUUUGUUCGCCAAACUAGUCAGCUACACCUUCCUCUACUGGCUUCCCCUCUACAUUGUGAAUGUGGCUCAUUUGACUGCAAAAGAAGCUGGAGAUAUGUCCACUCUCUUCGAUGUCGGCGGCAUUGUUGGAGGCAUCAUGGCUGGUCUCAUCUCUGACUACACUGGUGGCAGGGCCACCACAUGCUGUGCGAUGCUCAUUUUGGCUGCCCCUAUGCUGUUCUUGUACAACUACAUUGGUCAGAAUGGACUAGGCACAUCAAUAGUCAUGCUUAUUAUCUGCGGUGGCCUUGUCAAUGGACCUUAUGCUCUUAUUACAACGGCAGUGUCAGCUGAUUUGGGCACUCAUGAAAGUCUCCAGGGAAAUUCAAAGGCCCUCUCCACCGUUACAGCCAUUAUUGACGGAACUGGAUCUGUAGGUGCUGCUCUUGGACCCUUGCUAGCAGGUUUGAUCUCAAGCUCCAGCUGGGACAAUGUCUUCUACAUGUUGAUAUCGGCUGAUGUUCUGGCUUGCCUACUUUUGUCACGUGUGGUAUUCAAAGAAAUGAGAGGAUGGUGUGGCAGUUACACAAGAAAAAGAGGGUCAAACACCACUUUUUGAGUAGGCAUGUUCUGGGGCCAUAAGUCAUGCUUUAAAGAAUUUUGACGUGUGCCAUCUGACUGGAGGAGGAGCCCUGUGGAGGCAACAAGGAAGAGUGUUGCUGAGAGGGAUGGUUUCGUUGCCCCCUCCCCUGCGUUCACAGUGGGAGGAAUUCAUGAAGCCAACAUGGAAUGUGUGCCAGAAACAAACUGAACUCUCAUCCUAAACACCAGCCAAGCUGUUUGCCAGCUGCAUUUCUUAAUUUUUGUUUUUAAGUUAUGAGUAGAGGAGAGCAGGAAGAACGGUACAGCAAAACCCAAGAUGCACUAAAGAUGCCAAAGGAACUGGUGUCUUAUCCAUGCCAAAUCCCAAGGCCUCGGUUUUUAAUCGAUUGCCAAUUGUAUCCCUUAUUGGUCUUUUUUUAUUAUUAUUAAAAAUGGUGCUGGACCA